AUGAAGGUCCCCGUGGUUGCCCUCGCCAUCCUCGCCGCCGCUCUCUGCCACCAGAGCUCUGCCGCGCCACUUGGGUCUGACCCUCCCACCUCCUGCUGCUUCAGCUACACGUCCCGGCAGCUGCCCCGCAGCUUCGUGGUGGAGUAUUAUGAGACCAACAGCCAGUGCUCCCAGCCCGCUGUCGUGUUUGUCACGAGGAAGGGCCGUGAGGUGUGUGCUGACCCUGAGCAGAGCUGGGUCCAGCAGUACGUCAGUGACCUGGAGCUGAACUGA